GGGCGGAAAUCAAGCGGAAGCGGAAACUCAGCGACUGUGCGAGGAAAAUGCCCUUUUGGGCGGAAGCGUCUGAGCACGGGUGGUGCUCUUGGAAAUGUCCCGUUGCUGUCCAAUGAAAGCGGCUGUCACGGUGUCGGCGGCUGGUGCAGAAGCCCGGAUGUGAGCAGCCGGCGUGAGACCGGCGGAGGCUUUGUGCGGGUUCCGUCGCGUGUCUCUGCUAUGGGCGGCAAGAAUAAAAAACAUAAGGGCGGCAGCGGUGCCGCAGGGGCCGGCAUGGUUCACCCCACCGCCGUGGCUGCAGCACGAGCCAAGACGGCAGGCGCCACCCCGGCUGAGUCCGGAGCCGCUGGCGAAGCUGCGGGCAAGAAACCUCCGGCCCCUCGACCCAGUCCCGCUGGCAAAGACCCGCGCCUGAAACAAGGUCCAAAAACCUACAGCUUUGGCUCCACAGUUGACUCCAGCGCAUCUGCGAACGCAGAUAAAUCCAUUCUUAAGGUAAUGAUUAAUACUAACUUAGAGAAAAGAAUUAUUGGUGUGAUUAACGAGCAUAAAAAACAAACUGGUGAAAAGGGGAUGAUUUCUAGAAGACUUACUGCUAAGAAAUUACAGGAUGUAUACAUGGCUCUGCAAGGAUUUUCUUUUAAGACUGAAGAUAUUGAAGAAGCUAUGAAAAAUACUAUUUUGUAUGGUGGUGAUCUACACUCAGCGCUUGACUGGUUAUGCUUAAACCUUUCAGAUGAUGCACUGCCAGAAGGUUUCAGUCAGCAAUUUGGGGAAGAGCAACAGAAAACUAGAGCAAAAUUUUCUCCUGCUCCACCAUGUGAAAUGCCUCAGGUGCCAAAUAAUAAAAAGAAGGAAGAUGACUCUGAAAAAAAGGCAGACACGGGAAUAAAGAAAGAUAUCAGCAUGAAGGAAUGGAUCUUGCAAUAUGCUGAGCAGCAGAGCGAUGAAGAGAAAAGCGAAUCUGCGAAAAAUUCAGAAGAGGAGGAAAAAUUUGACCCAAAUGAAAGAUAUUUACACCUAGCUGCCAAACUUACAGAAGCCAAAGAACAGGCAAGUUCUUCCAAGCAAGACAAAAACAAGCAAGGUCAGAAGGUGGCACAAGAAAAAAUAAGGCGCAUUCAGCAAGAAAUGUCAGUAUUGGAAGAACACCCUGUGUUCAAUCCUGCUAUAAAAAUUUCAAACCAGCCAAGUGAAAAGAAAAAGGUUCCUGUGCCUCUUGACACUGAUGGUGCUCUGAAUUUGAACUUGCUUGAAAAACCUAAAGCAGCUCCUGAGGAACAAAAAGUGAAAAAGAGAGAACCUCCAGACGUGAGAAAUUUUGAUUAUACUGCUCGAAGCUGGACUGGUAAAUCUCCCAAACAGUUUUUGAUUGAUUGGUGCAGAAAGCAUUAUCCUAAGUGCCCAAAUCCAUCAUUUGAAAAAGUUCCAGCGGGGAGGUAUUGGAAAUGUAGGGCAAGAGUUAUCAAAUCAGCUGAUGACACCAUGACAGUGUGUCCAACAAUCCUCACGGAGGACAGCAUGCAGGCUCAACAUCUGGCUGCUACGUUAGCACUCUAUAAUUUAACCAAAGGACAGUCAGUCCAUCAGUUACUUCCUCCUACAUACAGAGAUGUGUGGCUAGAAUGGAAUGACACUGAAAAGAAAAAGGAAGAAGAAAACAAGAUGGAGACCAACAAGCCCCGUGACCAAUUCAUUGCAAAACUGUUGAACAAGCUUAAACAGCAGCAGCCCCAACAGCAGCUUGAAAGCAAGCCCAAAGUAUCUGAAGAUGCUGAGGACUCCUGGGAGAACUUACUUUCAGAAGAGGAGUACAGCGAGCAUUCUCUUGAGAGCCCCGUUACAGAUGACUUGGAACCUGCCAGGGCCCUCUUUAAAAAACUGCAGAGCUCGCCCAGGUACCAGAGGCUUUUGAAGGAGAGGGAGCAGCUCCCUGUGUUCAAACACAGACAUUCCAUUGUCGAAACACUUAAAAAGCAUCGAGUUGUGGUCGUGGCUGGAGAAACAGGCAGUGGCAAAAGUACCCAAGUUCCGCAUUUUUUGCUGGAGGACUUGCUAUCUAAUGAGCGAAAUUCAAGUAAAUGUAAUAUCGUUUGCACGCAGCCUCGACGAAUCUCGGCUGUGAGUUUGGCAACUAGAGUGUGUGAAGAGCUGGGCUGUGAAAGUGGACCUGGAGGAAGAAAUUCCUUGUGUGGCUAUCAGAUCCGCAUGGAGUCCCGAACAGGCGAGGCUACUAGACUGCUUUACUGUACAACAGGAGUUCUUCUUCGGAAGCUGCAAGAAGAUGUCCUUCUUUCUAAUGUGUCUCACGUUAUAGUAGAUGAGGUACAUGAAAGAAGUGUCCAAUCAGACUUCUUGUUAAUUAUCCUGAGGGAGAUCUUGCACAAGCGUUCAGACCUGCAUCUUAUUCUAAUGAGUGCCACUGUAGAUAGCGAGAAAUUCUCCAGCUAUUUCACUCACUGUCCCAUACUACGAAUUUCAGGAAGGAGCUAUCCAGUAGAGAUUUUCCAUGUUGAAGAUGUCAUAGAGGAAACUGGUUUUGUUUUGGAAAAAGAUUCUGAAUAUUGCCAGAAGUUCUUGGAAGAAGAGGAGGAAAUAACAAUUAAUGUUACCAACAAAGGUGGAGGAAUUACAAAAUACCGGGAAAACAUCUCUGUUCAGGUUGCCUCAGGUAUUGAUUUAGGUCCCUACUAUCAAAAAUACAGCAGUCGAACUCAGCAGGCCAUCUUCUUCAUGAACCCUUAUAAGAUCAACUUUGAUCUCAUCUUGGAGUUGCUUGCAUUUUUAGAUAGAAGUCCUCAGUUCAGAAACGCGGAAGGAGCUGUCUUAAUUUUUCUGCCAGGGCUUGCUCACAUUCAGCAGUUGUAUGACCUCAUUUCAACUGACACAAGGUUUAAUCUAAGGGAGAGGCACCGGUUAAUUGCACUACACUCUGUUCUGUCAACCCAAGAUCAAGGAGCUGCAUUUACAAUACCUCCUCUUGGUGUUAGGAAGAUUGUUUUGGCCACCAAUAUUGCUGAGACAGGUAUCACUAUACCUGAUGUUGUCUUUGUAAUCGACACAGGGAGAACAAAGGAGAACAGGUACCAUGAAAGCAGUCAGAUGAGCUCAUUGGAGGAGACUUUUGUGAGCAAAGCAAGCGCAUUACAACGUCAAGGGAGAGCUGGGCGUGUCAGGGAUGGAUUUUGCUUUCGAAUGUACACCAGAGACAGAUUUGAAAGUUUCUUAGAAUACUCCGUUCCAGAAAUAUUACGGGUGCCCUUGGAAGAACUGUGCCUUCACAUAAUGAAAUGUAAUCUUGGUUCUCCUGAAGAUUUUCUCUCCAAAGCCCUGGACCCUCCACAGCCUCAAGUGGUUGGCAAUGCCAUGAAUCUUCUACGGAAAAUCGGGGCUUGUGAGCUGAGUGAGCCCAAAUUGACUCCUCUAGGCCAGCAUCUCGCAGCACUGCCAGUCAAUGUGAAGAUUGGUAAAAUGCUUAUAUUCGGUGCUAUUUUUGGCUGCUUGGAUCCAGUGGCCACUCUUGCUGCUGUGAUGACAGAAAAAUCUCCAUUCAUUACACCUAUUGGAAGAAAAGAUGAAGCAGACCUUGCCAAAUCUUCCCUGGCACUGGCCAACUCUGACCACUUGACAAUCUACAAGGCAUAUCUAGGGUGGAAGAAAGCCCGUCAGGAAGGAGGGUACCGUGCUGAAAUAACAUACUGUAGGAGAAGUUUUCUCAACAGGACAUCGUUACUAACUCUGGAGGACAUGAAACAAGAGCUAAUCAAAGUGGUGCGGGUUGCAGGAUUUGCAGCGCCAUCCGGUUAUCAUGGAGAUGCACACUCCCUUUCAGUGCAAGAAACAGCCCUUCUUAAAGCUGUGCUGACUGCAGGGCUGUAUGACAAUGUUGGGAAGAUAAUAUACACCAAGUCUGUAGAUAUUACGGAGAAAUUGGCUUGCAUGGUGGAGACUGCUCAGGGUAAAGCCCAAGUGCACCCUUCUUCUGUGAACAGGGACCUGCAGACCUGUGGGUGGCUGCUAUAUCAAGAAAAGGUCAGGUACGCCAAAGUGUACUUGAAGGAGUCUACUUUAAUUUCCCCUUUUCCAAUUUUACUUUUUGGAGGUGACAUAGAGGUUUUGCAUCGUGAACGUCUCUUAUCUGUUGAUGGCUGGAUCCAUUUUCAGGCCCCUGUAAAAAUUGCAGUAAUUUUCAAGCAACUGAGAGUGCUCAUCGAGUCAGUUUUAAAGCAAAAGCUUGAAAACCCUAAAAUGUCACUUGAAGAUGAUAAGAUUUUGAACAUCAUCAAAGAACUGAUAAAGACAGAAAACGUCAUUUGAAACAUAAACUUGGCAGUAUCUUCAGAGCCACUAUAAUUGGAAGGAGAAAAUUAUACAUGAGAAAAGUCCUAUUUAAAGGGAAUGUGACAUCAACCAUCAUGUGAGAACUGCCUGAAUUGGGGUAUAAAUACAUUUUCUGUUUUGUGAUGGAGGAAAGUGUAUAGUAAAAUUUUACAAUAAGUUGUGGUGCCACUUGCUAGAAUGUUCUAAAUGAGAGCAAUUCAAAGUUUUGUGCAUAAAAAUAAUCACUGCAUACUGCAUGAGUUUCAUAUCUUAAUGUUUUCAGGAUCAGAAUGUGAAUCUGUAUGGAAUUAUUUUGAGCUGUCUUCUUGAAGACAUGAUUGGUGAGCAGGAAUUAUAGUUCUUUUACUUGCCAAAAUAUUUUUUACAGUAUUAAUCCCUUACAAAAUGGAUUUUAUCUUCAUCAUGGAAAUUUUAAGCAGUGCAUUUUAAGAAACUGGGAUUUUUUUUGUGAAUAUAAAAUUACCUAAGUGAUGAGCUGGAAACAAAUUUCAGAUGAGCAGAAGCUAAUUAAUUUCAGAGCUCCAUUAAUACUUUGGCUCCAUUAUCCUCAGAAUUGCACUUCUGUGCCAGAAAGAAAUGCAUACUUAGCCUUGACAAAGGUGUAACAUGAGUUCUUGAAAUAAAAAAAUAACAUUAUAAAACAA